CCGCCAUUUUGAAAAUCUUGUUGAUUCUGGGGAGCGGGGAGCGCGGCGCGAGCGUCACGCCAGACAGCGUCCCGCGCGUCCUCUCCUCCGCGCCCGCCACCGCCUCCCAGAGCGCCCUUGUGCCCACGCGCGCCCGGCCCGCGGCGGCCGCGACCCGCGGCCGACAGCAUGUCCUCCUCGGGCCCCGCGGCGGAGGGAGAGGGAACCCCCGACCCGCCCGCGUCGGAGAAGGAGCCCGAAAUCCCCGGCCCGAAAGAGGAAAGUGAGGAAGAGGAGGAGGAGGACGAAGACGAGGAGGAGGACGAGGACGAGGAGGAAGAGAAAGAAAAGAGUCUCAUCGUGGAAGGCAAGAGGGAAAAGAAAAAAGUAGAGAGGUUGACAAUGCAAGUCUCUUCUUUACAAAGAGAGCCAUUUACAAUUGCACAAGGAAAGGGGCAGAAACUGUGUGAAAUUGAAAGGAUACAUUUUUUUCUGAGUAAGAAGAAAACAGAUGAACUUAGAAAUCUACAUAAACUACUUUAUAACAGACCAGGCACAGUUUCCUCAUUAAAGAAGAAUGUGGGUCAGUUCAGUGGCUUUCCAUUUGAAAAAGGAAGUACCCAAUAUAAAAAGAAGGAAGAAAUGUUGAAAAAAUUUAGAAAUGCCAUGUUAAAAAGCAUCUGUGAGGUUCUUGAUUUGGAGAGAUCAGGUGUAAAUAGUGAACUGGUGAAGAGGAUCUUGAAUUUCUUAAUGCAUCCAAAGCCUUCUGGCAAACCAUUGCCAAAAUCUAAAAAAACUUCUAGCAAAGGCAACAAAAAGGAACGGAACAGUUCUGGAAUGGCAAGGAAAGCAAAGCGAACCAAAUGUCCUGAGAUUCUGUCAGAUGAAUCUAGCAGUGAUGAAGAGGAAAAGAAAAACAAAGAAGAGUCUUCAGAGGAUGAAGAUAAAGAAAGUGAAGAGGAGCCACCAAAAAAGACAUCUAAAAAAGAAAAACCUAAACAGAAAGCCACUUCUAAAAGUAAAAAAUCUGUAAAGAAUGCUAAUGUGAAAAAGGCAGAUAGCAGCACCACCAAGAAGAAUCAAAACAGUUCCAAAAAAGAAAGUGAAUCUGAGGAUAGUUCAGAUGAUGAACCUUUAAUUAAAAAACUGAAGAAACCUCCUACAGAUGAAGAAUUAAAGGAAACAGUAAAGAAAUUAUUGGCCAGUGCUAACUUGGAGGAAGUUACAAUGAAACAGAUUUGCAAAAAGGUAUAUGAAAAUUACCCUGCUUAUGAUUUAACUGAAAGAAAAGGUUUCAUAAAAACAACUGUUAAAGAGAUGGGGAAAGAUAUUUCUUUUUAUUCCCAUUUUAGAGCUUAAAAAAUAAAGCCUGCACAUUAGUGACAACACCUGACCUUGGAUGAGGACGAUACAGGUUCUGUCUACUGGGCAUCUCAGAGCACUCACACAACUACUUGAGCACAUGUUUCUGUGCACCAGUCAAAGGCAGGAGAAAACCAACAAUAGCUAUAGUUUUUAUGGAUCCCAACUGAUUUCCCAAGGUCACAAUAGUAAAAUAAAGUUUAAAAAUGAAAUAAAGUUUUAUGCCUCAUGUAUACCUAAUAUUGUAUGUUUGGUAUGGGAAAAUAAUGUUUCUCUUUUCAUUACAGCUAAUUUCUUGAGAUAGAGGACAGAGACAGAUGACUUGUUCCAUGGAUUUAAAGAUUUCAUUUAUACCAUUAUACCAGCAAAGAGAAUGUAUUUCCUUUUCUAAAUCCUUGCAAGCAUUGUGUUGGUAGAAUUUACUGCUGACUUUUUUAUCUUGGGUGUUAACGUAAAUUUGCAUUUGCCAUUUUUUAAAUUGCAUUUCUAUGCAGUUUUUAGUUUAAAAUUUUGCAUGGCAGUAAUUGUUCCUUGCUUUUAUAGUUGCAUUUUGUACAUUUUGGAUUUCUUUAUAUAAGGUCAUAGAUUCUUAAACUGUAAUAGUUUUUAGUGCAGUUAAUAUUAGCUUAAGACAUUUUUAAUUGACUAGGACAGAAACUAUUAUAACUGGCAUUUAUACAUGCAGAAACCAAUGCAGUAUUUAGUAUAUGACAUAUUUUGAAUACAGCACAUUUGUCGGUGUAAAAACUCAAUGGCAGUGUGUUCAUCAUAUUAAGAAUGUACAAGCUUUAGCUGUCCAGAUGACUAAAUUGGAACUUUUCUCCUGCAUGUAUAGAUAUGUCAAUUUGUCAGCAUGACGAAAGUGACAGAUGUUAUUUUUGUAUUUUCAAAAACAAAUUGGUUGUAUAUAGUUUUUUUAUUUCUUUUGUGAGAUCAAUUUUUAACCCAUAUAGAUAGGUAUCUUUACAGUUAUAAACUGAAAUGUCAGUGUUCAGCCAGAUGGUAUUACAGAGCAGUGGAAGUCAGAAUUCAGUAAUGAAAACACUGAAGGACACGAACAGAUAGUUCUCUACUUUGAAAGUGUCAUCGAUUUGUAGUUUUAGUGUCAAUUCUGCAACCAUUGUCUGUAGACACAUUUUCUAUUAAGGAUAGACCAAAAUCAACUGAACUUCAAAAAUUUAGGGAAAAUUGGGAUUAAGUCCAAGAAUAUUUGGCUUAUAAUAAAUGACUGAUUUUUUUAUUAACUGCUUUUGCCCAUAUAAAAUGCUGAUAUUUACAGGAAACCUGGACCUUUAUAAUUAUGACAAAAAGUACAAGGUGUAAUGCCAGAAUUGUGUAGGCAAUAGUAUCUCUGACAAAGUAUUUCUCAAAAAUGGUAAGACUUAUUUUUAACAUUAAAGAAAUUUAAUGUGUCUGUAGUAUUAUAACUAUUGGGUUUUAAAUUUUGGCUAAUCAGGAUUCUAGGUGAUUCAACAUAUGGGCCACCCCUGAAUGAAACUAAUUUGUCUUUUAAAUUGACUGUCUUAAUCAGUUUAUUAAUUAAUUUCUGAAUUUUAAAACAUGCUGCUUGAGAGAAUUAGGCCUUUUGAUAAACCAGUUGAGUAUUUAAAAUAAAAAUAUCUUUGCAUCAUAGAACAGAAAUAUGUAAACAUCUGUUGAUUGUUAACAGGUAUUUUCACAAUUUUGAUUUGUUUCUUGAUAAAGUUGUUAAGAUGUUAGGAAAAGAUACACUUAAUAAACGAAUGAAAUAAACUAA